AUGACUGUUACAACAGCUACCUCGUCGACAAUUGAACUACGCCAUCAGGGGGAUAUUACCCCGGGCACUCUUCAAUCCGGUACGAGACCCGGGACGCCGCCAUCGGAGGAAGAUGGACUGGAUGUAGAUGGGAGACAGGAAUUCUCGCUACCACCUGUAGAUGGCGGUAAAGAUGCCUGGUUUUUCUUGGCAGCUUGUUUCUUUGUCGAGGCAUUGACGUGGGGCUUCCCCUUCUCGUUCGGUGUCUUUCAAGACUACUACAGUACACAUGAGCCGUUCGCUGGAUCUACACAGAUUCCCAUCAUUGGUACUUGUGCCAUGGGCAUAAUGUACCUCGACAUCCCCCUCGUAAUGGGCAUCCAAAGAAUGUACCCCCGCUCCUUCUCCCAAACCGUCGGCCACCUCAUCAUCACGCAAGGAAUCUUCUACGCCAUCGGCGGCUCCAUCUCCUACUGCCCCUGCCUCCUGUACAUGGACGAGUGGUUCGCCAAGCGAAAGGGCCUCGCCUACGGUAUCAUGUGGUCGGGAACAGGGCUAGCAGGAUUCUCGUUGCCCCUUAUUCUCGAAUUCUUCCUGAACAAGUACGGCUUUCGAACAACGCUCCGCAUCUGGGCUGUGUCGCUGCUUGUCUUGACAAUGCCGCUCGCCUUCUUUAUCAAACCUCGCUUGCCGCGCACUGCUACUACACAUAUCAAGCCGUUUAAACUUGGGUUCGCAUUGACAAAGACGUUCAUGCUGCAUCAGAUUGCGAAUAUUGUCCAGGGCCUGGGCUUCUUCUUGCCGGGGAUCUAUCUGCCCACGUAUGCGAGAUCAAUUGGUGCCGGGACAUUCACAUCUGCGCUGACAUUGUUGCUGGUCAAUGUCACGUCGACAUUUGGCUGUGCGGUUAUGGGUUCCUUGACUGAUCAUCUUCACGUUACGACGUGUUUGAUGAUUUCGGCGGUUGGCGCUGGGCUGGGCACGUUUCUGUUAUGGGGUUUCGCGACGUCUCUCCCUGUACUGUUUGUGUUUUGUGUUGCAUACGGUCUUUUCGCUGGGCCGUAUACCUCUGCUUGGACGGGAAUUAUGAAGCAAGUUACUACUGAGAUGGGCAUGCAUCGGGGCGCCGGUGGAGGAAGCUCGUUUGAUCCUACCAUGGUGAUUGGCGUGCUGUCAACAGGUCGAGGAAUUGGGAACAUCGUAUCGGGGCCGUUGAGUCAAGUCUUGAUAAAGGGCAUGCCGUGGAAGGGAGAGGCGUUGGGUGGUUAUGGAACGGGAUAUGGUCCGUUGAUUGCGUUUACUGGUGCCACUGCUAUUAUGAGUGGUGCGACGUUUGUAUGGCGCCGACUUGGAUGGAUGUAG